AUGAAUCCGGGAUCAUACUUAUUUACCAUUCAGACUCACUUAUCAAUGAUCCCCUCCCCACCGUCUCAGCUUCCUUUCUCAGCAUCCACAUCUUCCUCGCGACAGCGUUCGACUGAGCCGUCUUCAAUUCUACUACCGGCUGUUAGCAAGCAUCUACCAUCCACCAACACCUACAUCUACAUGGCGACCACUGCCACCCAGCAACCUCCACAGCGAUGUAGCGCUCAGCCAAGAAGAGCACCAAGGCCCGUCCGGUGGCGCCCGCCAUUCCCAACUAGGCAGCAUCCCGCAGCCGUCGGCACCUCCAAAAACACGCGCUACAACGGGCCAGAUCCAGUGAACAGCGGCAUCAACCGAGGAAUGAAUGACACCGAGAAGAAGAAAAAGCAAGCUCUGCCUGCCAGCCGUCAGUGGGAUGCAGAGACCAGCGGGGACAAAGAUCAAGCAUCUGCAGCUGGGAGACCGCCAACCGGCUCAGGAACUCAGUGA